UAAAUGUUUUGUGAUUUUUUUUAGCCAUCAGCCAGUGAGAACUGAAAGAGAAUAGCAGCAUUUGAAAAACAAUUAGGAUUUGUGUGGCUUUUUUUCUUUUUCUUCCCCGACAGUAUUCUUUAGACUUCUCAUUGUCAUUAUGUGGUUUAGUCAUCUCUUGCCCUUUUAUUGCUGUUUUUGGUUGGUAGAAAGCAAUUCAGAAAGGCAGAGGAGAAAAGAUCAAAUGCAUGAAUAUCAUCAGAGCAGCAGAUCCCAGAGAUUUGGGAGAGAUGUUGAAGAAACAAAAAAGCAGGGCAGUCCUAUUCUGAAGAGAAGUGCAGAUGCAACAAAAUCUUAUUUAACAAAAUCUGAGCAACUUCUCAGAGUGGAUGAUCAUGAUUUCACAAUGAGACCUGGAUUCGGAGGUCCUUCAAUACCCGUGGGUGUCGAUGUACAGGUAGAAAGUCUGGACAGCAUCUCAGAAGUGGAUAUGGACUUUACAAUGACACUAUACCUGAGGCAUUAUUGGAAAGAUGAGCGCCUUUCAUUCCCAAGCACUAACAACCUGAGUAUGACCUUUGAUGGGAGGCUGGUCAAAAAGAUCUGGGUUCCUGAUAUGUUCUUUGUACAUUCAAAGCGAUCCUUUAUACAUGAUACAACCACAGACAACAUCAUGUUGCGUGUCUAUCCUGAUGGAAAGGUAUUGUACAGUUUGAGGGUUACAGUAACAUCAAUGUGUUACAUGGAUUUCAGUCGUUUUCCUCUUGACACCCAGAGCUGCUCGCUGGAAAUUGAGAGCUAUGCUUACACUGAUGAUGACCUCAUGCUGUACUGGAAGAGUGGUAAUAACUCAUUAACGACAGAUGAAAAGAUUUCUCUAUCUCAGUUCAUGAUACAAGAAUUUCGCACAACCACAAAGCUGGCCUUUUAUAGUAGUACAGGUUGGUACAAUCGCCUGUACAUCAAUUUUACACUGCAUCGCCACAUUUUCUUCUUUUUGCUGCAGACCUAUUUUCCAGCGACUCUGAUGGUCAUGUUGUCCUGGGUAUCAUUCUGGAUUGAUCGCCGAGCGGUCCCUGCUCGUGUUCCAUUGGGUAUAACGACAGUUCUAACAAUGUCCACUAUUAUCACGGGUGUGAAUGCUUCAAUGCCAAGGGUUUCGUAUAUUAAAGCUGUGGACAUUUACCUGUGGGUUAGUUUUGUGUUUGUCUUUCUCUCAGUGCUGGAGUAUGCAGCUGUGAAUUACCUAACCACAGUACAAGAGAGGAAAGAAAGAAAGCUUCGGGAAAAGCUACCUUGCACCUGUGCAAUACCACAGCCAAGACCAUUAAUGGUAGAACGCACAUAUAGUGAUGGAGAAGUCAGCAACCUGGCUGAAUUUGCUGGACCUGAUUAUAUGCCACAAAAUGGAGAAAAACAGGACAGAGAGCUGGUCAAGCCGCCAAUUGCUGAUGAGCCAACUGAAAACAAGGAAAAAAUCUUAAGCAGAUACAUUUGGAUUGACACACACAUUAUUGAUAAAUACUCCAGGCUGAUAUUUCCAGUUGCUUACGCUCUUUUUAAUAUGAUAUAUUGGUCUAUUUACACAUAG